UUUUCCGAUCUUUUCAUAAGCGGCGGUGGUCCUAUUGGACACCGCAUGUACAUGAUUAUGAUUUAAUUUAUGUUGAAACAUGACCCUUACGGACAUACCAAAAAUGUAUACCAAUUUCAUGUGAAAUAAAUUGUACAGUUGAGAAAAAUUUAAAAGCGUAUAAACUUCAGAAGAUGAUGUCAUCUGAGGGACAUAUAGUUGCCAAGAAAGAAGUCGAUGAGUUCAUCAAGAAUUGUUGUGAAGCCAUUGGUAUACAGGCCGAGCAUAGCAGUGUUCUAGCGGAUGUGUUAGUAUCUGCAGAUUACAGAGGGCAUUAUAGCCAUGGUAUCAAAAACAUCGAUGUGUACUUAAACGAUGUGAGAAAUAAAGUAACAGCAGUGGCAGGUAUUCCAGAAAUUGUCAAGCAGUCGGCGUCAACAGCACUGGUAGAUGGGAAUAAUUUACUAGGCCCUGUUGUUGGAAGGUUUUGCAUGGAUCUUGCAAUCGAGGAGGCAAAAAGUACAGGCAUUGGAUGGGUUUCUGCAAGAGAGUCAAAUCAUUUUGGCAUGGCUGCUUGGUAUGGCCUUCGUGCAGUAAAUCAUGGUUUGGUUGGAAUGGCAUUUACGAACACCGGAAGUAGCAUGGCACCAUCCCGAGCGAGACAAAAUGCGCUUGGUACCAAUCCUAUCUGUGUUGCAGCACCGGGGAACGACGGGGAUUGUUUUGUUCUAGACAUGGCGACUACUACGGUAGCAUUUGGAAAAAUUGCUCUCGCGCAGAUGAAAGGAAAACCUAUACCGGAAGGUUGGGCUGUUGACAAAGAUGGUAAAGACACCGUGGAUCCCGCUGAAAUGUAUGGGAUACUCCCUCUUGGCGGGAGAGAAAACACAUCAGGAUACAAAGGGUACGGCUUGGCUGUGAUGGUAGAAAUGUUUUGCUCUAUGCUGAGUGAUUCUGUGUGUGGUUAUAAGAUGGCACAAGGUAUCCACGAAUCUUGCAGUAUGAGCCACUGUUUUGUUGCUCUCAAUCCGGAAAUGUUCGAAGAUGGUUUUCAGGACAGACUGAGUGAUCUGAUGAAUUUUUGCAGAAAUCUCGACCCAGCAGACGGUGAAUCAGAAGUGCUAGCACCUGGUGAUCCCGAAAGGAAACACAUGGAGAUAUGUGACAAACAAGGCGGCAUUCUCUACCAUCCUAGUCAGAUCAAAGCAGCGAACGAGACAGCCGCUAGACUUGGUGUUAAACCUCUGACGACAGUCUGACGCCACAGUGAUAUCUGGUUGUUAACAUAAUAUAAUAUCAUAAAACAUAUAAACUUCAUAAUAUAGUUCUGGCUUCAUUAUAUAACUUACAUUGGAUGUUAUAGCAACAUUUGUGCAAAAUAAAAA